AUGAAGUCUCCCUUGUCAGUAUGGACGAUUAUCGUUCAAACAGUCGGUCUUGUCUGCCUCAGUCUUCCAACCACAAUUAUCGCGCAAAGCUGCACACCCAGCACCACGACAAGCGGCAAUUGUACAAGGCAGAGGUUUUCCAAUCUAGGCGUUAUCAUCGACAGGAUUGGUGUCGUGGGCCCGGAAGAAUGCUUCUGGGACGGGCCCCCACCCACGGACCCGGCAGUUACUUCACCUGCAUAUAACAUUCCUCAGGGAUCAUGUGCUCUCAUUGCCCGUCACCCGACUCAGGGAUGGCGCUUCGGGCUCAUUCUUCCCCCACCAAGUCAAUACAAGCGUCGCUUCUUCGCAACGGGGAACGGCGGUUUCAAUGGCGGGAUUAAUUGGCCCGAGUUUUCAUUCGCUCCGCAUUAUGGUGCGGCGGUAGUUGGUACCGACACAGGACAUAAUUCAAGUGAUGCUGGUUCCGGGUCCCAGGACGGUAUGAAGUGGGUCACAGAUGCGACCAAACGCACCAACUGGGCCUACCAGGCCAUGGACGGUGCCGUUCACUUUGGGAAGAUACUCACCAAUGCAUUCUACGGUUCCGGUCUUAGUGUUGAACGGGCCUACUUCAGUGGGUGCUCGACUGGUGGUCGGCAAGGACUCAAGUACAUCCAACGACAUGCCAACGAUGCUGACAAGAUGGAUGGUGUCAUUAUUGGGGCGCCCGCGUGGAAUCUCAAGGAAAUGCUGCCGAACCAGAUGAACACAGCUAUCGCUAAUCUGCAUCGUCAAGCCGAUGGCAACAUAACUUCAACUCCGGUCUUGGAACGCGCAGAAUGGGCAGCCUUGACAGCUGCUGCUUUUGCACUCUGUGAUGCAAAGGUUGACGGAUCCAGCUCGGCUAACUACAACCCCGGUGGUGACAAAGUAGUUAGUAUCGACGACUGCUUCACAGGCAAUGAAACUGAAUACAACGAGUCUCUGAAGAGAGUCGCCCCUAAUUUGACCGAUGAGCAGCGUUUGGCAGCCGUGGCCAUUUACAAGGGGCUGGUGGUCGCGGUUAAUGGCGCCAAGAUGACUGUGUUUCCUGGUCCGCAGCCUGGAGGCGAGGCCGACUGGACACUCGCUUUGGGAACAGGGCUAGAAACGACUUUUGAUCAGGGGCUUGCGCAGUAUUGGCUUGCUGAUGCGCGUGCCGGCACACCAUGGACUGUCAACAGUUGGGAUAGCAUUUACAAAGACGGAUUGACUGGCAAGCAAUGGGUGUAUCGCGAAUCCACCAGAUCGGGUUCAACCAUCAACGAGCCCACGGCUGACGACUUCGCCGCAAUGGCUAACUACGAGGGAAAACUCUUGUUAUAUCACGGCAUCGCGGAUGGGCUCAUUCCCGUGGCUUCUUCUAACAAACUACAUCGAGAGAUCACUAAUAUCAAGGCUGAAGGGGAAUGGUUUCGAUACUUUCAAGUUCCCGGCAUGCAUCACUGCGCAUGGUAUCCAAAUGGUAAUCCGGCGAUGGGGUUCCCUUACAUUGAUACCUCUUAUCCCCCAUGGUAUAUUGCCGCGGCAUAUCAGCCUUCAACUAUCGGCUCCUCGCAAGGCUAUGGAGUUCCGGGUCAUGACGAUCCUCCGGAUCCAGCGUACGAUGCUAUUCAGGCGAUGAUUGACUGGGUGGAAAGAUCUUCUUCUCCAUCACCAGCGUCGCUUAUCGCUACAGCUUUCAAUAGCAGUUCUGUGGUCAGGACUAGGAAACUAUGUGCAUACCCGCAAAAAGCUGUCUACACGGGGUCCAACAUCAACGACAGUUCGUCUUGGACAUGUACUACAGUAUAA